AAAAAAAAAAUCUUGAUGGUAUUGAUAGGGUACACAAACUGGCUCUAUUAGCUUCAAAUUUCCUUUUUAAUUGACGAUUCUCUUUAGUCCUCUCCCCAUCUUACGGAGAACGCUGGGAGGGGUUUUCUCCCAUGAAUGCCCACCGUCUUCCUGACUUCGCAGCAAAUUCCUAUCACCCCAUCAAUCCUCUUAUCUGCGGAGUGUUCGAAAGUUUUAGUCUUUUCGGGGAAGAUUUUGAUCAACCUUCGCGGGUGCAUUAGGGUUCGGAGACCAUCGCGAUUUUGGUCGAGUUCUUUUUUGUUUUCUUUGGGUUUUUGGUUAUUGUAGGUAUAGGGGUUGGUUAGGGUUUUGUUAGGUGGAGAUGGGGAGCGUGGAUCGGGUCGACGAUCGGACAUUCAAGGCUAACUUCACGCUUGAUGGCGUGUUGAAGCUGAGGGAAAAAGUGAACGAGAAGCUGAAGGAGUUCAUGGGGGAUUACACUGAUGACACUCUUGUGGAUUAUGUUAUUGUGCUAUUGAGGAAUGGCAGGCGCAAAGAACAAGCAAGGAAUGAAUUGAAUGUUUUCCUGGGGGAUGAUAGUGAUUCUUUUGUAUCCUGGCUGUGGGAUCAUCUGAAUCUGAAUAUAGAUUUGUAUGUACAACCCAAAGAGGUGCAGGAUGGGACUCCGAAAAGAAUUUCAUCAGAGGUCCAGGCUAGUGGUGAUGAUGCUCAACAUUUAAAUUCAGAGUCCAAUAGAGGAAAGACUCAUAAGUUAUCUCAAAGACGGCAUAAUAAAGAUUGGAAAGGAUUAGUGAGGGAGGAAAUUGAGCCACCUACACUGCGCAGCUCUGUGGUCGACAAUUUUCAUUCAGAGGAAAAAACCCAAACCAAAGUUGACCAUCAUCCAAAGUCACCACCUUCACCUCCAGUUCGGAGGAAGAGAGGCCAUCCAGAUGAACAAAAGACAAAGAGGGAUGCAAUUUCACAAGCAACUCUCAAUGCACCUCGACGGCUACUUCAGUUUGCUGUACGAGAUGCAGUGGCUACUUCAAGGCCAUCUAUUUCAGGCGCAUCUGUGGAGCCCUCCUUGAAGCGUCUUCGUUCUGUAGUUUCUACAUCUUCUGGUGAUUCAUCGUUGGCUGAACGGCAUCAGAGGUUACAGCCUGUUUCUAGGUUGUCAAAUCCCAUGUCUACAGUGAUUAAAGCUGUGGCAGAAGCUGCUGAAGAUGUGAUGAAAUUUAAAUCGUCAGGCAGUGUAUUUGAUCGACUUGGUCGUGGUAUGAAUCCAUUGGUGGAUGGUGGCAGCCAACUUGAAGAUGAUUAUCAAAAUCAGGAGCAAAACCAAUCAAUGCAUCUUCAAGGAACUGAUUACAGUGGUCAGUAUGCCACUUGUAAUACUAUGUUAGAAGAUGAAGCUGAUUUUCCCUCUGAUUAUACUUCAGACAAUGAAGGGUAUAAUGAUGUGAAUGUCAUGGGUCAUAGGGGGAUCAGAGCUUUGGAGAUUGCCUCCUCUGGUGGAAACAGGGGUGAUAAUUCAUCGAUGGUGCAGUAUAGUGUAGCUAAAAAUACUGAUCAUGUUAUGCAUCUUAAGCGGAAUAGAGAUCAUGAGCAACCUGCUGCACCUAGCACGUCCCAUAAGAUAGUGAAUAUUUCUGUAAAUGUGAAUACUUGGAAGCCAUCACAAUAUCAGGAACCAAGAGAAUUUGCAGAAAUAGAUGGUCUUAAAACUGAGGCAGGGGCUCCCAGGUCUGGCCAUCAACUGACGAAGGACAAUAUCAGCACUCCAAAAGUUAGUAAUGGGAAUGCCAACCCUGCUUUUAAUGUUCAAAAAGAACCUCAGAAGACACCAGCAUCCACUUCUGGUUCAGGUGCUGCUGGUCGUCCUUUGGAGGAUGCUGAUUCCAGAACCAUUUUUGUUAGCAAUGUUCAUUUUGGUGCCACCAAAGACAGUUUAUCUCGCCAUUUUAAUAAAUUUGGGGACGUGCUAAAAGUGGUUAUACUUGUUGACGCAGCAACAGGGCAACCCAAAGGGUCAGCUUAUGUGGAGUUCAUGCGAAAAGAAUCAGCAGAGAACGCAUUAUCUCUGGAUGGCACAUCUUUCAUGUCACGGAUUCUUAAGGUCGUGAAGAAAAGUGCUGCACCGCAAGAAUCCACUCCAACAAUGGCAUGGCCACGUGUAGUUCGGGGAUCUCACUUUCCUGCUGCUAGGUUUUCAAGAGCUCCCUUUCCGAGAGGCAUUCCUGGUGCAUUCUGGCCUCGGCCUCCGACUAGAAUUGGGGCUAGGAGCAUGCAAUGGAAGCGGGAUGCCCAAGGCACUGCUCAGCCUGACGGUGGUGCUUUUGUAAAUACCAGCAGUAUUGCUAUGCCUGGUGCUCGCAGUCUCACAUACGUAAGAACAGAGUCGAAACCAGAAGGCAGCUAGGCUACAACGAAAGAUCAAAUAUUUGGAGUGACGGCUGAGUAAUUUCACGUCUGAGAACGACCGUUGGGCAAAAUUUUUUACGAGGAAAGGAGUUCCUAUCAACCAACACACGAAGUCAUCUGGCUUACAUACAUUUUGGAACGCUCUCCUAAAUGAAUUUUAAUGAUGCUUAUAAAUAUCUCUGGUUGGUAAAAUUAUUCAUUGCAAGGGCGUGAAUUUUUGAUGGAAUGAAGAUGAGAAGAAUGUAAUGGAAAUUGUUGGGAUCUUGGUAUCCAUUUUUCCUCCAAAAUAUCGUCCAUAGAGUUGAAUUAAAAUUUGUGGGAUAGGGUAUGGCCUUGUAUGGUCUAUUUGUUUUGGGACAGCCUGUUUUUGUUGUCUACUUGAGAGAUCUUAAUUUUGAAUGAUAAAUAAAAAAAGGUAGAAAAUGAAGGGAAAAAAAGAUUAAAUGCA